GCCAAUUCUCGUAACAAUUGUGUUGUUGUCCGCUUUCUUUCUACUUUUGAUAAAAUCAAAUUUUCAAUAGAAGUUCCAUCAUUUGCUUCUAUUGAGUUAACAGAUCCUUUUUGCCCUCAGAAUUAAACCUAUUCCUGCCGAUUUUGCGAGGGAAAUCAGUGCAUUGUCCUCAACGACAAACAUAAUAAACAAACUGCUUUUCCUGCAGACGGCUGAUCAAAAAUGAAUUCUUCACAGAAAAUAAUGAAUAUAUUGACAUCACCGCAGAUGAUGAAAAGAAUAAUGGGGGCAAUCAAAUUCAAUGGGAUAUAUUCAAUUUCAUGCAUCAACUCGAAAUAGUGAUGCAUUUGGUGAAGCCAACAAUGGUGCUGAAUCUCCGCAGGAGCAACUAAUUGGAACCGAAAAAUUUCGUGAGAAGGUUGCGAAUUGCACCAUGUACUUCAAUGCUUUGAAAAUGAAUUGAGAGAUACGGCGACAGGCAGGUCACCUCUGUCCUUUAUGGC